GUGGACGGCUAACAGGCUGUUGGGCUUCACGUGAUGGUCACUGCGCGUCACCGCGACUCGCCUGGAGGCAAAAGUAAGGCUCACUGACACCCAAUGGAGCGACGGUCUGUAUGCCAAUUAAGAAUAAAUCUCCAAGGCGGUGCAAAGGUGGUAAAUAAGUAAACCAGCCAGCACUGUGACAGCUGACGCUCAGUGAAUCAAUAGCAAGGGUGCUCUGCACGUUGAUUUUUUUUUACCCCCCUUGAGUUAAGUGUCCCAAGCGAAGGGGAAAACAUGGCGGGUUUUGGUUGUUACACCCACGCUAUCGUCCGGGAAAUGCCGACGUCUUUGGCCAAAGAAGCGCUCCGGACUAGCCAGGCUGAGGUGGAUUCAACCAAGGCGCAAAAGGAGCAUGAUGCUUACGUCCACGUCCUGAGGACCACGGUCGGGCUCGAGAUAGUGCAACUGCCCGUGGAUGAGAGCCUCCCGGACAGCGUGUUCGUUGAGGAUGCCGCCGUGGUGUGCGGGGAUACGGCGCUCAUCACCAGACCCGGUGCAGAGAGCAGGAGGAGAGAGACGGAGGCGAUGAAAGGUGCCCUGAUGGAUCUGAAUCUAAACAUAGUGGAAAUGAUUGAUGAGAAUGCCACAUUGGAUGGAGGAGAUGUCCUAUUCACAGGUCGAGAGUUCUUUGUUGGCCUGUCCAAACGGACCAAUCAAAGAGGAGCAGAGAUCCUCGCUGAUGCUUUCAAGGAUUACGCUGUGUCGACUGUGCCUGUGGUGGAAGGGCUGCACCUGAAAAGCUUCUGCAGCAUGGGAGGACCGGGCCUCAUUAUCAUUGGCUCCAGUGAACCGGCUCAGAAAGCCCUCAAAAUCAUGCAACAAAUGAGCGAUCAUCGUUAUGAUAAACUGACGGUGCCCGAUGACUUGGCUGCAAACUGCAUCUACAUGAACCUGCCCAAUAAGGGACAAGUGCUUCUGCAUUGCACAGAAGAAGAAUAUCCAGAAAGCGUCAAGGUGUAUGACAAGUUGAAGGACCACAUGCUGAUCCCUGUGUCCAACAGUGAGAAAGUGAAAGUGGACGGAGCUAUAACUUGCUGCUCUGUGCUCAUCAAUAAGAAAUCCAACCACUGAACGCAGCCUCUGUCGUAUCACAAUAGAUUCCAAGACUUGGUGAAAUAGUCAUGGUCACUGGAUAAGUAGAUGGGGUAUUUUUAUUGAGGGGAAAAUAAUCAUCUUGGGAGCGGAUAAAAUUUCAUGCUGACUACUUUUUUUUUCUUUCACUUCAUUAAUGAAUGGAGGUGGAGCUAACAAAAUAUAUUUCAGAUUAUUUGUGUUUGCUUAUUGAAGUCAAGCCUCACCUAAAAUGCAACUCUAUUUUAAUCAUUCAUUUUUCUUUCAUUUAUGUUAAAAUCCAGUUCAUGAUGAGAACUUGGAAAAUAUAACUUUGCAAGAAUAAAUCAGGAAGCCUAUUAUAUGCAUAGUUUGCAAAACAUGGAUUCGAAGUACUGUAUGUUAAAGGCCGACGCUGUUUAGACGGGCUGAUUCUCAGCGCGACUGUGAGUGAGAGCUGAGGAAAUGACAUCAGGAGGUGAUGCUUGCGUAUGGGCAGGCAGGCAGUGAUGAAGCAUGGAAAGAAUUUGGUUUGCUCUGUUCAGAGGAAAGGCUUGCGACACCAGUAAACACUAACUCUUAAACUUGCUCCAUCUUACUUUCUUUCACCUACUCUUUGCUCAUAAACAUAUGAGGGGUUUAUGUUAACUUCAUUCUUGUUGUAUGACACAGUCUGGCAAUCACUGUUAAAAGUGUGACAAUUGCUAGGACUUUCACUUUGUAUCCCAGAUGAAUGCAUCAUUGACACAAAAGUCAUCAUUCUCAAAUGGUUAAUGAGAGUCGAAGUGUUUGCUCAGUGGGUGGUCAACUUUUAUGAUCCUCUCAUUAUUUUGCCUCAAAUUGACAUUCUGUACCUCGUCACUGUAAUACCCUUCCCCCGCUGAUUCAAAUGAAAGGGUUUUAUCAUUACAUCAUUUUCCUCUCUGGCUUUUUGUUGUUGCUCCUUGUUACCACUGAUGUACAGUGAAAUAACCACUUAAUCUGUUGACUUUAGGGAUGUCGUGUUUUUUUU